AUGCAUGCUGCUAAGGUGUUUGCUUUCCUCCUAUCUCAUCUUGUCCUCACAAAUGCCCAGGGUUGCGGCGACGCCCCUGCCUGUAUUGGAACGGAAACCUGUGCCACUAUCACCCGCACAACACCGACACUGACAACCAUAACCACCUGCGCCCCAACACCGACGUGUUUAUACGUAUACCUGAAGAGGGUUGUUCAUCCGGAGGUGGCACCGACAUAUGCUGCUCGACGUACUGCGCCGCUACCAAGUGUAGACCAACGGAUCCCAAGUGGCCAAAUUGCCAAGAGGACCUGA